AUGCUAACAAGGAACUGCCUGCUACUGUUCCUCUGGAUUCUGUCCCACGAGAUCUCCAGUUUGCGGCUGCCCACCACCCCACUGUCGAACCGGGUCAGGGGGGGACCGGCCAAGCCCAGGACCCCGGCCAAGAAUGGGGUGUCGGGGGCCAUGCAGCGGGUCAAGCGUGGGUGGGUCUGGAACCAGUUCUUCGUGUUGGAGGAGUACAUGGGGUCCGAUCCACAGUACGUCGGCAAGCUGCACACAGACCUGGACAAAGGCGACAGCGCGGUGAAGUACACUCUGUCUGGAGAAGGCGCCGGUUCCAUCUUCACCAUAGACCAGACCACGGGCGACAUCCACGCUCUGCGCAGCCUGGACCGCGAGGAGAGGCCCUACUACACCCUCCGAGCUCAGGCCGUGGACCUCAACACCAACCGGCCCCUGGAGCCCGAGUCCGAGUUCGUCAUCAAAGUCCAGGAUAUCAACGACAAUGAGCCCAAGUUCCUGGAGGGGCCCUACACCGCCACCGUGCCGGAGAUGUCGCCAGUGGGGACGUACGUAACCCAGGUAACGGCCACGGACGCAGACGACCCCACCUACGGCAACAGCGCGCGGGUGGUGUACAGCAUCCUGCACGGACAGCCGUACUUCUCUGUGGAGGCCAAGACAGGCAUCAUAAAGACGGCGCUACCGAACAUGGACCGCGAGGUGAAGGAGGAGUACCAGGUCCUGAUCCAGGCCAAAGACAUGGGGGGGCAGCUGGGGGGGCUCGCAGGGACCACGACGGUGAACAUCACGCUCAGCGACGUCAACGACAACCCGCCACGGUUCUCCAAAAGUUUCUUCCACCUGCGCGUGCCUGAGUCCUCGGCGGUGGGCUCAGCGGUCGGCAGAAUCAAAGCCCACGACCUGGACAUCGGGAGGAACGCGGAGGUGGAGUACACCAUCGUCCCCGGAGACGGAGGAGCCAUGUUUGAUAUCACCACCAACGAACACAACCAGGAGGGAAUCAUCAUCCUCAAGAAGCCGCUGGACUAUGAGACGAAGAAGGCGUACACUUUUAAAGUGGAUGCCACAAACGCUCACCUGGACCCUCGUUUCCAGAGCCACGGCACGUUCAAAGACACGGCCACGGUCAAGAUCAACGUGCUGGACGUGGACGAGCCCCCGGUGUUCAACAAGCCCCAGUACGUGAUGGAAGUGUACGAGGACACGCCAGCGGGGACCAUCAUCGGAGCAGUGACAGCGCAGGACCUGGACGCAGGCAGCAGCCCUGUCAGGUAUUCGAUCGACUGGAAGAGCGACUUGGACAGCUACUUUGACAUUGAUCCGGUGGAGGGGACCAUUUCCACCAACGAACCUCUGGACAGAGAGAACAUCGCGCAGCACAACAUCUCCGUAGUGGCGACAAAACUCAACAGCCCGGUGCUGACCAGCAGAGUGGCCGUGACCGUCCACGUCCUCGACAUCAACGAGUUUCCCCCGGAGCUCGCCAGCCCCUUCGAGACGUUUGUGUGCGAGAACGCCAAACAAGGCCAGGUGAUCCAAAUGUUCAGUGCUAAAGACCAGGAUCUCCCUUCAGCAGGACAGCAGUUCUCCUUCAAAGCCGUGAAAGAAGACGGAAAGAACAAGAACUUCACCGUACGAGAUUUUGGAAAUAACACAGCUGGUAUCGUGACUAAGCGCGGCGGGUUCAGGCGGCGGUUGCAGGAGCUGUACGUGCUGCCCGUAGUGAUCGAGGACAACGGGUACCCGCCUAAAAGCAGCACGGGCACCCUGAGUAUCCGAGUGUGUGGGUGUGGCUCGGACGGGUCGGUGCUCAGCUGUAGCGCAGAGGCCAUCUUCCUCCCUGUGGGUCUGAGCACCGGAGCCCUCAUCGCCAUCCUCCUCUGCAUCGUCAUACUGCUAGUGAUCGUGGUGCUGUACGUGGGACUCCGACGGCAGAAGAAGAAGGAAACGCUGAUGUCGUCAAAGGAGGACAUCCGCGACAACGUGAUCCACUACGACGACGAGGGCGGCGGCGAGGAGGACACGCACGCCUUCGACAUGGGGACGCUACGCAACCCCAAAGCCGUCAACGAAAACAUGCUCCGCCGCGACGUCAAACCCGAACUCAAGCUCAAAAACCAGCGGGCCCCCGUGUCUCAAGAAAGCGCAGAUAUCCGAGAUUUCAUUACCCAGCGAUUGAAAGACCACGACACGGAUAAUUCUGCUCCUCCCUAUGACUCUUUGGCCACUUAUGCAUACGAAGGCGAAGGGUCAGUGGCGGAUUCGCUGAGUUCUAUUGAAACUCACGUGGUAGAGCCGGAGGAGGACUACGAAUACCUCAGCGAAUGGGGUCCCCGCUUUAAGACGCUAGCCGGGAUUUUCGGGGAACAUUCGGAAACUCAAUCGGACUCGACCACGACGGAAAACACGCAUUGACGUUUUAUUCCACAGUUUUUUCACGACGUUUUUGUGUAUCGUUUUCGUCACUAUUUCUGUGCACUGUUUUAGUCAUGCUUUGUCCCAGAAUU